CAGGCGGCGCGGGGGGACACAAGCACCUCUGGAGCGGACCCCCCCCCGGGCCGGGCCCCCCGGGGCGGGGCGGGGCGGGACGAGGCGGGGCCGCCCCUGCCCGCCCCCGCCGCCGCCGGGGCCGCCUCCCGCGGGCGCGCAUCUGCCCGCGGCUCCGCUCCGCUCUCCCGGGAGCUCCGCGGCGCCGCAGCCGACACCUCCCGCUGGGACCGGGCCGAGCCGAGCCGGGCUGAGCCGAGCCUGGCUAACCGAGCGCAGCCGGGCCGGGCCAUGGCCCCGCCGUGCGCCGGGGCGCUGCGCUGCGCGCUGCUGUGCGCGCUGCUAUGCGCGCAGGGGCCCGCUCCCACCUGCGCAGGAGAGUGCAGCGAACUGAGGUCCUGUGAGACAUGCAUGGCCAGCACCACCUCACACAACGCCACCGGCUGCAUCUGGGUGGGCUGCGGGACCCCCGAGGAGCCAGAGACAGGGAGCUGCGUGCAGAGAGGGGCAGCAGUGCGGGAGACCUGUGCGCUCUACAACACCAGCACCUUGUGUCGAGCACUGAAGUCCCCCACCGAAGAGCCUCCAUGGUCCCAUAGCAAGGAGCCGGCAACACACUCCCCAAGGACCACCACCACCAGCGCCCCAUUGACAGGCAGCCCUGAAUUUCACCCGCCUGGCUUUGACACAGCCAGCUUCAUCGGUGGCAUCGUGCUGGUGCUGAGCCUCCAAGCCGUGGUCUUCUUCAUCGUCAAGUUCAUCAAGUCAAAGGACAGCACCUACCAAACGCUAGAGGACAACCAGUAGGUUCUGGGUGCUGGCUGCAAUGGGGAGGGGGCUGCUCCCAUGCACCCCCUGAGCUUCACCCUUCCCUCGCCCCUCCCUGGGGGUGGGAUGGCGUGGUCCUUCUCUCCUGGUUUGCAUGAAGGGGGUUUCCCAGCUGGUUUGCUGUUUUCCUGGGAGUUGUUAGCAGUGGAAGGGAAGGGGGUGUCCCUCCUCGCCCCCCCUUUCAUGCACGGAGCCCCUGGUGGGACACAGCUGAUGCACGGCCCCUUAGCACAUCCGUGCCACCCAGGCGAGGUGGCCCUGACUCCCCCAGCCCCACGGCGGCAGGGUGCAGCCCCAGCUCCCCCUGAGCACCCUCAGCAGGAUGGGAGCUGCAGGGUCUGGUUUGGCCCCAGUUAAAAAGCACCUAGCAGCCCCCCCCCCCGGGCACCCCCUGCCCCAUUGCUUCCCCACAGCCUUGGGGCUCCCUGGGAGGGGGGCUUGGGGUCUCCUUUUUCCCCAGUGGGCUGUCAGGUGCUUUUUCCCUUCAGCAUUUUGGCUGGACCACCCAGCCCCCUGCUCUGACUCCCCCCAGCCCCUGCCCACCCCGGCCCCCCCAGCCCCUUGGUGCCCACUGGAGAAGCGGAGCCAGGGCUCGCUGUGUGCUUUUGCUGUGCCUCUGUGUUGCUGGGGGGGUGUACGGGGGGGGGGGUCCCCAGCGCCCCCCCCCCCCUUUCUGUGUGCUGUUUUGGGGAGGGGUGUGCGUGUCGUGUGCUGUGGGGUAAGAUUUGUAGCUUGGGCUGCCCCUUAUUAAACUCUGCGAGGUGGUGUCUGUCUCAUGUCCGGGGGGAGUCUGUGUAGCUGGGGGGGUGGGUGCCGGGGGGGGCACGGCUGCAGAAAGCCUGUGUCCCCCACCCCUCCCCUGUGGUAGCUCCCACCCAGUUCCCAGAUGCAGGGCCAGCCCUUCCCCAUGGCAUCGCCACCCACAUGGGUGCAGCAGGGUGGUCACUGGGGCACCCCCUCCUGCACCCCACUCUCCGGGGGCUGCGAGGGGCUGGACCCCCCCAGGGCAAAGCCACCUGGGUCCCUUUCUGCUACGCACUCUUCUCUGUCCGCUG